AAGUUCUCUUAUAAUGCUUUUAAGAAGUUUGGUGGUGAGGAACAAAUUCUAACUUAAGAAAAUGCACAUAUCAAUAUCAUUUUUAGUUCAAAAGUGGUCUACUGUAUUCAAAAUCGAAUGUGUAUGCUAAUCGUGAAAUCCGGAGAGGAUUUAAUGCUCAUUUUCCGGUGAACAUGAAAUCUGAUUGUUGCUUUUGGAGUGACAUUUUGAUCACUUUCUUGGCCUUCGUAUUAAUACUGAUUCAGUCGACAUUCAAGAAACAAUAAACAACGAGCCUCAUAUUUUACUUUCCUUUUUGCAUAUAUGAGCUAAGAAGCACUGAGCAUUCACGGAUGCUAUACAACACAGACAUGGCGGUAGGUAUAUUAAAUAGCAUCUGAUUUGAAACUGAUGUAGUCAUUGAUUUUUCAAAUUGGAGUAGCUCUCCCUUCCAGUAUGCGUCUCAGGUGUUUGAUAAAUUAACUGAUGUGAAUUCCAUUGAAAGUACUUGUUUAUUAAGGAGCGUUUAAUGUAGGCUGUUGCUUAGUUUUAUAAAAACAAGAAACCCCAACAGAUGUGAGCUUCCUGAUGCGAUAGUUGUUGACAUUGACUGCACUAUAAGCUUUGAGUUUAAGAAAUGCCAUGGAAUAGCCACCGAGAUAUUUGUGAUGAAUGGCCAACAUUGGGAUGUUUGAGAGAUUCCUUUUGCUUGUGAAUAUGGGAAAAACUCGACGGAACGAGAGCAGUUGUGCUUUGUUGAGCGUGAUCAUGCCUUAUCAAGAGCUUCUCUUGCCAAUGAUUCUUGCCAAGAUCAGUUUAUAUGUUGUGUUCAUCUGCUGCUGUGGAAAACAUUUGAAGAGUUAUUGGGAGCUUCUAUCAUCAAUCUCAUGGAUUCAGGUUUCUACAGAGUUGGAAGAAGCAUCAAAUGUUGAAUAUGCAAUUAGGAAAAAGAAAAAAACAACUCCUACGUUUUGGCUAACAUUUAUACAAAACUUGUUACAAAACAAUAAAGAUGGUAGUUCAUAUGUAUGCUAA